AUGGUUAACAAGGCUAUUGUCGCUUCUCUUCUCUUUGGUGCUGCUAUCGCCGGGCCUACUGGCAGCAGCAAGAACUCUGUGUCCAGAGCCGUUUCCAAGCGAGCCGUUGGCGAGAUUGUCACCAGCGCCCUUGCCCGCUUCGAUAACUCAAACGGUGCAGAUGGUGUGGGUGCUGGAGCCGACUCCUACACUCUUUAUCUCGGUGACGGCAGCGUUGGGGCCGGCUGGCCCGACCAGAGCAGCUGGGUCUCUUUCGACGACAUGUUCGCCUCCAACAAGGCCACCAUGCUCUCCUCUUGCACCAAUCUAGGAGGUGAAGCCAACACCAGCGAGGAUGAGGUCCAGGCCAUCCACGACGGUAUUGAGGCCGCUGCUGCAGCCAGUGGUGUGGACCACCGUUUUAUCCUUGCUGUUCUUAUGCAAGAGUCCAAGGGCUGCGUGCGUGUUGGGACUACCAAUUUCGGCGUUCGCAACCCGGGUCUGCUCCAAGAUCAUGACGGUCUUGCAACCUGCAACGAGGGAGGCGUUGUCCAGAACCCUUGCCCGUCUGCCACUAUUGCGCAGAUGAUUCUGGAAGGCGUUGCUGGAACUCCCACUGGCGAUGGUCUGGCCAACACUAUUAACCAGGCUGGAACCAGCGACGUCUCAGCCUUCUACCGUGGUGCUCGAAUCUACAACUCGGGCUCUAUUUCCAGCACUGGCAACCUCGAAAGCAACAUUGCUACUCACUGCUAUGCCAGUGACGUUGCUAACAGAUUGACUGGUUGGGUUAACGCUCCAAGCGCCUGCACUUGUGAUGCUGACCCUGCUAGCUGUGGAGUUGUCCUGAACUAA